AUGGCUGAAGCGAAAGCUUUAUCUGAAGCGAAACUAAGACGUAGAACUGCUAAAGCCGCGCUAACCCGUAUAAGUAAAACGCUGAGAAUUAAACUACAAAACGAUAGACCCCCAGGCGAAAUAACCGAAGCUUUGCAAAAUUAAGGUGAAACAGGCGUAUAAUGAUUUAGUCGUUAAACAUGAAGAAUAUGCCCAGAACAUUGAAAAUGAUGAGGAAUUCGAAACAGAGGAAAAAUGGCUAGAAGAAAGUCAGGAUGCGUAUCUUCAACUAGAAUGUACAACAAAUGAUUAUAUUAUGAAUAAAAACAUGCAACAGACAUUGGGCGGAAGUGUUGAACAACCGGAAGCGAGUAGCGGAAAUAACGGAAGUGAAGCCCAAACGAACACUGAACAGUCGGAAACAGUCGGAGAAACUUCGGCAACUGAACAGCAAGCUGUAAAUGUGAACAACCAAGAAGAAACUUCUGAAAAUAAUGCUCAAUCGAGUAAUAAUGUCCAAGAAAAUGUUCAACAAAGCGCCACAACACCAUGUGGAUUCAAAAUGGAAAGACCCAAGAUGCCGCGAUUUGCUGGAGACGUCCGAGAUUACGUCAUAUUUCGAGCUGAUUUUAAACAUGCUGUAGAUUGA